CGAAGGCUUCCCCCGCGGGCAGGGGCCGGACGGGCCGCGCCGCCAUAUUGGCUGUUGUCCUGUCUGAAAGCAGCGGCGGCGGUGGCGGCGAGCGGCGUUAGCGGCGGCGAGCAGCAACGGCAUUAUCGGCGGCGAGCGGCGGCGGCGGGAGCUACUGCGUGGGGUGCAGGACAAGCAUGACUCGCAGGCGGAAUAAAGCGGUGGGCGCGGCUGGGGCGCGGCGAGAGCGGGCGGGGGGAGCAGCCCCCCCCGAGCCGCCCGCGCCCCCCGCCGGGCCCGGCCUUCCCGAGACCCCCGAGGUGGCGGCGGCGGCGGCGGCGAGUGGCGCGGAACAGGGGAGAGCCUCACAGGUGCUGCCUACUUCCAACCAGUCGGUGCAGACAUGCUGCUUGCUCUGCCAUCGGGAGCGCAAAGACUGGGGAGGGCCAUCCCAUAAUGGGCUGGUCUCCCCAGGUGAGCGGCUGCCCCCAGACUUUGUACCAACAUUGGUGCAGAACCUUCUGGGAGAGAUGCCCCUGUGGAUCUGCCAAAGCUGUAGGCAGAGUGUAGAAGAGGAAGAAAGAAGAGCAGUCCAGGAACAGGCUCUGGCGGUCUCACUGUCACAUACAGCCUGUAAGUCACAAUCCUGCGGGGCAGGCUCCCACUCCUCUUCGUCUUCAUCUUCAUCAUCCUCGUGCCACGGGAACUCGGGAGACUGGGACCCUAGCUCCUUCCUGUCCGCGCACAAACUCUCGGGACUCUGGAACUCCCAGCAUGCAAAUGGGGCAGCUCAAGGGAGCUCCUUUGGGGGAACACCUGUUGUACCAGGUGACAAGCACCCCGGCCUUCCUCCGGAGUGUGUCAACCAGGCCCCUGCUGUAGGAGGUGGGCUCAAAGCCUGUCCUUACAGCCACGCGCUCACCCCAGCUCCCAGCGGCACCCCAGACUCUCCUCUGCCUACCUCACUCGACUUCUGCAAAACGCUUCCCAAGCAGUUCAAGAGCAUGUGUCGGAGACCCACCCCGCCAGGAGAGGCCUUCCACUCCUCGGAGCACCACCGGCAUGUGGACCUCACUGCUCCACCCAACAGCCCCACAGGCCUCCCCUCACAGCCACCGGCACUCCUUCCUGCAAAGCAGAUGCCUGCCCACACUGGGCCCUACAGCUCUCCUCCUCAUGUUCACUUGAGUUCUUCACCGCAGGCGGCCCCAUUUCCUACACCAGCCCUUAGUCCACAUUCACCGGCCCCUAAACCAGGAGCAGAGUCCCCUCCUACUGGAUCUUGUAAGAGCCCACACUUACCCACUGCCAAUGUGCCACUCCUGAAGAUUCCACCUCCUGUAGGCUGCACCCAUCCCUGCAAUGGGCACUGCAGUGGUUCCUUGGGUCCUCCUACCGCACCUCAUCAGCUACCUAGCACCAACAGGGACCCUGCCUGCAAGGGUCAUAAGUUCCCAAACGGUACAAGCUGUCAUGCACCACAGUCCUGUGAGGCAGACGAGGGGCUUGGGGAGGAUGAGGACAGCAGCUCUGAGCGUAGCUCCUGCACCUCAUCCUCCACUACCCAGAAAGAUGGGAAAUUCUGUGACUGCUGCUACUGUGAGUUCUUUGGCCACAACGCGCCUCCAGCUGCUCCAACCAGUCGGAACUAUGCUGAGAUCCGGGAAAAGCUGCGCUCCAGGCUGACCAAGAGGAAAGAGGAACUUCCUCAAAAGCUGGGGCAUAGCAGUAGCUCAGGAGAACCAGCUGUAGACCACCGGGACGUAGAUGAGCUGCUGGAUUACAUUAACAGCACUGAGCCAAAGCCUCUGAACAGUGCUAAGGCUGCCAAGCGUGCGCGCCACAAGCAGAAGAAGAAGGAGAAGGAGAAGGCCCAGCUAGAGGCUGAGGCUCAGAAGCGUGUGGAUCGAAGCCCGCCUACAGGUCAAGAUCAGGAGCUGCCUGAAGAAAAGCUUCUGGAGUGGCCCCAGCUAGAACUAGAGCGAGUGAACAGCUUUCUGAGCAGCCGACUACAGGAGAUCAAGAACACAAUCAAAGAUUCCAUCCGCGCCAGCUUCAGCGUCUACGAUCUCAACUUAGAUGUGAAUGACUUCCCCAAAAAAGCUGCCGUGCUGGAACAGAAGAACCUUCUCUCCCACCUCAAUGGCUCCUCUGAGCUGCAAGAGAUUGACCUUGACCUGUCUCCACUUAGUCUGAAUGCGCCACAUAAUCAUUCAUUACUGAGAAAUGAGGUGGGUCCUCGAUGGGCUGAAAGCCCUGGAGAGGUAGUACCGCCGCCGGCCUCCGAAAACGGCGUGGUGAAAAGGCUGAACGCUGUACCUAAUCUCUCUCGCAUGAUCUGGGUACAGUCGCCCAAGCCAACAGACUCUCCCCAAGAGAUUGGAGCUAACCAUGAAUCCAAGGAGGCGGCGCUGGGCAGGGGAAUGGAAGUGCUAGAACAAGUGCCCAUCACUGGAAAGCAGAGGAAGGGUAAGCGGCAGGGCUGCCCAGCAAAGAAGGGGGAAGCUCUCUCUUCUAAUGAUAUCAAGGGGAUGGUGCAGAAGAAUCCCUCCAAGGGCAACCUUUCUGAAGCCCCAAGAGGCAGCAGUAAUGCAGAGCAAGGCGAUGGUACCAGAGGGCUGCGACAGAGCCAGGGAUGGAGUUGCAGUGGCUCUAAGGCAGACAAAGAGAAGAGCACUGAGGGGAAGAACCGGAGAGGUGAAGGCAGAGCUGAUCAGACUGAGCAAGAGCCUGCUCUGUUUGGCCCUGGGGACCGGCAUCCCCCCCACAUAGCCAUCCCAGAUGAUUUGCCUCAACCAAAGGGCAAAGGCAAGAAGAGUAGGAACAAAAUGGAGAAAACGAGCCCUUCCAUUGAUGAUGUGUUCCUGCCCAAAGACUUGGAUAGUGUGGAGAUGGAUGAGACUGACAGAGAAGUGGAAUACUUCAAGCGGUUUUGCCUGGACUCAGCCAAGCAGACCCGACAAAAAGUGGCUGUGAACUGGACCAAUUUCACCCUGAAGAAAACCACUUCGAGUGCAGCUCAGUGAGGUGUGCGGUGCAGCCCUGGUAUAUCUGCAGGGCCCCACACCUCGCCUUCCCUCUCCCCAAACCCAUAGACAGACACUUGACCUCACUGACCCUUGGCCCUCCCCGUUCCCCCUCCCCAUGGGGCUCCCAUCCCUAGCCCAUAGGCAGGGCCUGGACAGCCCGUGUCCCUCACCUCUCAGUGUUCGACGUUCGGGGAGAUGCUGACUGAGCCGCCCCAUGCCCAGGGGCAGUCUUAUUCGGCCAAGGCCCAGCGUGGCACAGGGACCAGGCUGCACCCAAUAAAGGACUUUUUAAUUUUUUAUUUUAUUUAAAAAAUCCAUCUUCUCUGUUGUUUGUUCUGCCUUCACUGGGCCUUUGGUGCCUGGGCGUGGCCCUCUUCGUGGCAGGUGUAGCAUGAUGGAACCCCCUCUGCUCUUGAGCGCUUUCUUAUAUGUUGCUUCAACACCGUUGAGUUUCAUAAGGGCAGGAGGUGUGCAAGGGGCUCCCCUUACCGAGGAGCAAGAAGUUGUCUUCUGCUUUGAGAACUAGAUAUUCCCUUGCAAAAUUAUAGUGGCAGAGCUUCUGUGUGUGAUACAGCCCUUGUCUGUUUCUGUGUAUGAUACAGCCCUUGUCCGUUUCCAGAAAUUGCACGUCAUUCAAUGUGGCUGUGUUACCUUAUUUCUCAGGGAAUGUUAUUCUCUCAGAUCAACACACCGUAAAGUACAGUAUUGCUACUAGGAUCCUACUAGUAGUAAUAAGAGCUGUCGUUUCAUUUCAGACAGGUAGCCUAUGGCCAGCCUGAGCAAUGCUGAUAAAGUCUGCAAAUUUUAAUCUUUUCUCUUAUUGUCUUCUCCCCUGCAUCUAAUAAUCAUUCUGGACAGAUAUUUCUUCAGCACAGGCAAUUCUGUACACUUUCUACAUACGAACAGCACACACCUCUUUGUUCUUCACAAGCACACACAACAGAAUUACCCCCAAUUGGCUGCAUCAAACAUAGUUGUGCUCUUUGCACAUGAAGAUAUAUGUGUUACGUCCUACAAAUACCUAUUUAUGGAGAGUCCUCAUGUAAAAUAGACUUACUGAAGAGUAAAACUGCACAUCUGCUGUGUCAUAGAUUAUGUACUUAAAAUCAAAUGUGGAGUGUGACUCCAUUCUUUCUUGCUGCACUAAAAGUCCAUCAUUCCGUGGCUGUUACCCUUUUCACGUGUUUGCAAACUCGAGCCUCUCUCUAAGGGUUUGGUUCUUGCUGCAGUUGGUCACCCGAUUCCUCUGAUACUGGGGUAAUCUGAUAGGACUCCUUGUGUGUGACUGCAGAAAUCUGAUUGCAUCUACUGUAGAUAAUUUUACAAUCCCACGGCAGAGCCCUAUUUUCAGUUCAUGUACAGAUAGUCCUCAACUUGCAACAGUUAAUUUAGCGAUUGUUCAAAGUUACAAUGGCACUGAAAAAAGUGACUGAUGAUGGUUUUUCACACUUGCAAUUGUUGCAGUAUCCCAAUGGUCAUGUAAUCAAAAUUCAGACCCUUGGCAACUGACUCAUAUUUAUGAAGAGUUACAUUGUCCUGGGAUGAUGUGAUCGAUUGCCUUUUGUGACCUGACAAGCAAAGUCAAUGGGGAAGCCAGAUUCACUUAACAACUGCAGUGAUUCACUUAACAUCUGUGGCAAGGAAAGUUGUAAAAUGGGGCAGAGCUCACUUAACUGUUUCACUUAACAACAAAAAUCUUGGGCUCAGUUGUAAGUCGAUGACUACCUGUACUGGUUAAGCUAUUGUCAUACCAAUGAUAGUGCAUGUGAAAAAAGUGCAAAUGAUGAAAUUCCUUCUAAGGUGUUUCCUAGCAAAGGUUCUCGCUCCUGCUGUUGUUUUACCAUGGAUCUCUGUUUGGCUUGCACAUACAGUAUUUGCUCCUGUUCCCUUAGAAUCUCUUAUACCAGGGUCCCCAACUCCCAGUCUGUGCAUUGGCACCGGUCUGCGGCAUGCCAGAAACUGGGCCACGCAAGCGAGCCCAUCUGUGGGAGGCAGGCAUCAUGCAAAAUCUACGCCCUCUCUGGUCCACGGAAAAACCUCUCUCCACAGAACCGUCCCUGGUGCCCAAAAGGUUGGGGGCCUCUGUCUUAUACAACAUUUAGUUCUUGAGCUCUACUGGACUUAAAUUUGCCCUUUAUUAUACCGAAGCACAUUGGUUUAACCACUCUAACAACGUAAUUGGGAUUAUCAUUUCCCCUUAUGUGUUGCUAGCUACUUGACUCUGCCAAGUGUUGGGGUGAUGCCCCCUUUGUAUCAAUGCAGGAGUGGGCAAUCAUUGUUGCCUGCAUGAUAUUGUUUGUGACAUAUCAAUCUCUGACUCAAGAAAUGAGUAAGGUCCAUUACCAAACUAAAUUUCUGGUGCUAUCCUGUCUCCUCCUCCAUCUUAUGAGACUGAUGCCCUUCCUACUUCCCAGAGGGCUUGAAAUAUAUGAUAUCAUUAUCAUCAAACUGAUCAGAUUUUCUGUUUCUUUAAAGAUGCCGUGAAAUAUUUUGUGUGAGGUGAUAAGCUAUGCAGCAGCAUCCAUAACAAACUUUAGUAACACUCUUGUAAAAACAACAGUGGCAUACUUGCAUUUUGAUGUUGAUGCAGAUAUCUACCUGCAUGCUGGUAACAUGUUCAUUUGUUCCCCCUGACAUCCUUCUGCAGAUGCUCAUGCUGACUUAAUCAGAAAUCAACAGUGUAAUUACAGCCUAUGAUAUGAGCCAAGGAACUGGAGUUUUGGUCAAGUCACAAUACAGAAAGCUUAGAGAACUUCACUAAGGCCAAGGCUAGUUGCCGACGGUCUUACAAAUUGUUUACUGAUAUCAGUCUCUCACACUUGUCAAGAACUCAUCUGGAUUACUGGCAGGUGCUUUAUUGCAGAAGCAGAGAACAUAAUGAAUUUAUAGCACUUAGUAUUGAUUCAGAGCUGAGUGCAUUCAUCGCUGCAAUGCAAGUUUUUGAAUAGGUAUAAGGAGACUCAGUCACUACAAAACCACACUGGUAAAGGCAGGAAAAGGUGCACAACAGCAAGUGAUGAUAAAAGAAUUAAGAGACUGCCUACAUGACAGAAGACAAUCAUCUGGGUGUAUAUAAGAUAAAAUGGCGCAAUGCAAUGUGAAGUUGAAUGUGAGGACUAUUCGGCACAGACUGCAGGAAUUUGGCCUAAAAUCUAGAAUUCCACGAAAAAAGCCACUUUUAUCUCUCAAAGAAAGGUUGAAAAGACUAAACUGGGCUAAAACCCAUGUUACCUGGAUAGAGAAACAAUGGGACAGUGUUAUUUGGAGUGAUGAGACCAAGAUCUCCCUGUUUGGUAGUGAUGGCAUAAAAUACGUAAGGAGAAGAAUCGGAGAUUUGCAUCCUGAUUGCCUUACCUGUACUGUGAAACACCUAGUCAGUGUUAUGAUCUGGGUUGUAUGACAUCAAAAGGUGUGGGCAGAAUUUGUGUGAUUAAUGGGAAUAUACUGUAAAUGGCCAAAAAUACAUUAAUGAAGUACUUGAGCCCAAACUGAAGCCUUCCGCACGUGAUCUUUUCCAAGACAAUAAAGCAUUUAUAUUUCAACAGGA